AUGUCAUCUGCUUCCACACCGAACCUCACCGGCGACGUAACGCCGCUUCGAUCCGCCAUGAAGCAGGACGACGAUAGCGAGCGAGCUCCCGACUCGAGUGCUGCGCCAAGCAUAAAAGCUGUACAAAUCGCCGAACCUGAGCCUGAGCCUGAGCCUGAGUCGCCACACAAGAAGCGCUUCUCUGCAGGUCUUGCAAAGCGACUGAGCGGUCGCCCACCCAUGCAAAGCGUCAGUUCUUCCAAGGCGUCCCUCGCCAGUCAAACCAGCUUGGAGGCUUCAGGUGGUCAUGCCGGCAGCCAGUCUGCCCACCAAGGCCCACAGGAUGACAGUCAGCCUCCUCACCACCGACAUCGACUGGACCGCGUAGGUGAAAGGCUGGUUUCCCAAGUCGCGGAGUGGCUUGAAUAUGAACGGACCAAGAAACAGAACAGGAAGUCAAGAAGAGUACAUUCGACCAGACGGAAGUCGCACAAGGACGAGGCCGAAGGAAGUGAAUCUCAAGAAGGAGGCAGACAGAGGACUUAUUCCCUGGACUCGCAGUCCAGUGACGUCUCUCUGGACAGACUUCAGAAGAUCAUCGAUGAUAGCAUGGGUUCCCUGGGUCUAAGCGGAAUUCCUCACCAUCCAAGGUUUGGCAGGAAGUCGCAACGAAAGCGUUCUGUUCAUCUCCCACGGCCGGCUUCAUCCGAUACGGAGUACCAUGAGGGCGAUGUCUUGGUUCCAGGUUGCGAUGGUAUGCUGGACAACUCGAAAGCCAUGAGCUAUGCCGGUGGCAAGGCCACUCCUACAGAUGAGAGCGGCGCAAACUCAAGCCGAAAGGAAGCAAAGGAACGUAAAGCAUGGAUCACAUUCAAGAAUGAGGUUAUCCGAUUGGCGCACACCUUGAGGCUGAAGGGAUGGCGACAGGUGCCUCUGGAUAGCGGGGAGAAAAUAGCCAUUGAACGCCUCAGCGGGGCUCUAACGAAUGCUGUCUACGUUGUAUCCCCGCCCGAGGAUAUGACAGGGAACACGGAGGGUAGUAGAAAGAACCCACCAAAACUGCUUCUCAGGGUGUACGGUCCCCAGGUUGAGCACAUCAUCGACAGAGACAACGAACUGAGUGUACUACGGCGGCUUGCACGUAAGAAAAUCGGGCCUCGCUUGUUGGGGACCUUUCAAAACGGCCGUUUCGAGCAGUUUCUCAACGCGGAAACGCUCACCGCAGAAGAUCUUAGGGACCACGAUACCUCGAGACAGAUUGCUAAGAGGAUGAGGGAACUCCAUGACGGUAUCGAGCUACUCCAGGAUGAAAAGGAAGGCGGGCCUGCAGUGUGGAAGAACUGGGAUCACUGGCUUGAUAGAGUCUCUCGAGCAAUCACAUUCUUAGACGGCAAGAUUCUUUCGGGGAAGGUUGGCCCGGUUAAGAGCGCGGCUGAUGCUUGGAAAGAGCGAGGCCUCAUAUGCGGAACAGAAUGGGCUGCUUUCAAGGCAAUGGUGGACAAGUAUCGGCAAUUCGUGAUCGACCGAUAUGGCGGCGUCAACGUCAUACGCGACCAACUCGUGUUUGCACACAACGAUGUCAAGACCCAAUACGGAAACAUACUGCGAGUCCGGCCUGAUGACAAAAAGUCACCCUUGAUGCAGCCCAACUACGAGCACAAGCAACUUGUUGUUAUAGACUUCGAGUAUGCUGCUGCAAAUGUGAGGGGCUUGGAGUUUGCAAACCACUUCACCGAGUGGUGCUAUGACUACACCGAUGAAGAGGCCUCCUAUGUGUGCAACUCAUCCGUGUACCCCACGCCAGAGGAACAGUACCGCUUCAUCAAAGCGUACGUGAACCACCAACCGGAAUAUCCACACCCAGGCGCGUCGACACCAAACCUAACACCUCUUGCGACACCCACUCUCGAACCUGGCACACCAGGUUUCAGCCCCAACAGUGCCGGCUCAGCAAGUUCUAUAGUAGAUUUCAUGCUCGACGCUCGCGUCCCACCGGGCGGAUGGAAGGAAGAGGAGAGGCGUCAGGAGGAGCAGGUCAAGAACCAGGUCCAUGCGUUGAUGGAACAGACGCGCCUGUGGCGUGUUGCCAACAGUGCGCAGUGGGUUGCUUGGGGCAUUAUGCAAGCGAAGAUCCCUGGAUUUGGUGAUAAUGAUGGGAAGAAAGAGGCGGUCGAGUCAGCUCAUACUACCUCCCUCGCAGCGCCGCCGGAGGAGGAGGAAGGAGACCCGCAUGCCUUUGACUAUCUGGGUUACGCACAGGAGAGGGCCAUGUUCUUCUGGGGAGAUUGUGUCUCUCUGGGACUGGUCAAGGUGGAGGACUUGCCUGAGUCCAUGAAGGGCAAGCUCAAGGUGGUAGAUUAUUGA